AUGUCUCUACCAAAGGUCCAUCGUGUCGGAAUUAUCAUGAACGGCGUCACCGGCCGCAUGGGAACAAACCAGCACCUCAUUCGUUCCAUCUGUGCUAUCCGCGCAGAAGGUGGCAUAGCAACUGCGGACGGUGAUGUGAUAAUGCCAGAUCCCAUUCUUGUUGGUCGAAACCUAGCGAAGCUUCAAGACCUAGCUAAGACACACGGGAUCGACUCAUCUCGAGUGACGGUUGAUCUUGACGCUGCACUAGCCGACCCACAGAAUACGGUAUACUUCGAUGCUCAGGUAACAUCACUCCGAGUCGACGCAGUCAAGAAGGCAAUUGCAGCGGGCAAGCACAUUUACUGCGAGAAGCCGACGGCUGUAACAACGGAGGAAGCGCUGGAGUUAUCUCAAAUUGCAGAGAAGGCAGGAGUGAAGAACGGAGUAGUCCAGGAUAAACUCUGGCUGCCUGGUCUUGUGAAGCUGAAGAGCCUUGUGGAUAGUGGGUUCUUCGGCGAAAUCCUGUCAGUGCGUGGUGAAUUCGGGUACUGGGUUUUCGACGGGGAGCACGUCGUUUCACAGCGUCCGAGCUGGAAUUACCGGAAGGAGGAUGGUGGUGGUAUUAUUUCUGAUAUGUUUUGUCACUGGCACUAUGUUAUCAACUCUUUGUUUGGAGAGAUCAAGUCCGUGUCUUGCUUGGGUGCGACACAUAUCAAAAAGCGAUGGGAUGAGAAGGAUGAGCCUUAUCAGUGUACUGCAGAUGAUAGCGCCUAUGCUACCUUUGAGCUGAAGAACGGGGUUAUUGUGCAGUUCAACUCAUCCUGGGCGGUGCGGGUUCGUCGAGAGGAUCUACUCACGAUUCAAGUGGAUGGAACGAAGGGGAGUGCUGUCGCUGGGCUGCGGGAUUGUGUUGUACAGCAUGAAAGUGUCACUCCGCGACCAAAAUGGAAUCCCGAUGUUGCUGGUAUCAUCGACUACAAGGACGGAUGGACCAAAGUUCCCGAUCGUGAGGUUUUGGAGAAUGCCUUCAAGACUCAGUGGCGAAUGUUCCUUCGUCACGUAGUCAAGGGUGGUCUAUGGAAGUAUGAUCUGCUGGAAGGGGCCAAGGGUCUUCAGUUGGCUGAAAAGGCCAUGGAGAGCUGGGAGAACCGUCGUUGGAUUGAUCUUCCCCAGCUUGUCUGA